AUGCACUUCACCACCCUGCUCGCCUUCUGCUGCUUCACCAAGAUCCUCUCAGCUCCAGUUAUCAUAGACACCUCCUGUACAACGUCAGACUGUGAAGAUACAAAUAUCUUUAUUGGCCAUGAUCAGGUAGAGGGAUCCGGUGGAGAACCCUCAAAACUGCCAUUUAUUGGACAGGAUGGGGGAGAAGGAUCUGGCAUGGACUCUUCAUCAUCCAUACCUAUUGGCCAGGAUGGGGGAGAAGGAUCUGGCAUGGACUCUUCAUCAUCACUACCUAUUGGACAGGAUGGAGGGGAGGGAUCUGGCAUAGACUUUUCAUCAUCACUACCUAUUGGACAAGAUGGAGGAGAGGGAUCUGGCAUGGACUCUUCAUCAUCACUACCUAUUGGCCAGGAUGGAGGGGAGGGAUCUGGCAUGGACUUGUCAUCAUCACUACCUAUUGGACAAGAUGGAGGAGAGGGAUCUGGCAUGGCUCCAUCAUCAUCACUACCUAUUGGCCAGGAUGGGGGAGAAGGAUCUGGCAUGGACUCUUCAUCAUCACUACCUAUUGGACAAGAUGGAGGAGAGGGAUCUGGCAUGGCUCCAUCAUCACCAUCACCUAUUGGCCAGGAUGAAGGAGAGGGAUCUGGAAUGUAA